CUCUCACUGCCCUGCAGGCACUCUCAGGACGGGAUGCGCGCUUCCUCCUCCUCCUCUUCCUCCCACAUUCUUUUUUUUUUUUUUUUACUCGAACAUGCUUCUCUUCUUCUUCCAGGGACUUUUCCACGGUCGGACUAGCGAGGACGUGCUCGGUCUUCUCCCCGCCGCUAUGACACGGCAGUGAGCGCACCGGACAGGAUGCCCGCCAGCGGCUCCGACUCCCUCAAAGCGUCCGCUUUCAUUCCCGUGUGCACGGCCGCCUUCCUGCUGGUGGCGGCCACGUCACUCUUCUUCGUCUUCACAUGUCCCUGGCUGGCCGUGACCAUCUGUCCCGCUGUGCCACCAUGCUGUGCCGUCCUUUUCCUUUUCGUGCUGGCCAACUUCACCAUGGCAACCUUCAUGGACGCCGGCGUUCUCCCCACAGCGGACGAGGACGAGGACAAGGACGACGAAUUCCGCGCCCCGCUGUACAAGAACGUGGACGUGAGGGGCGUCCAAGUGCGCAUGAAGUGGUGCGCUUCCUGUCACUUCUACAGACCGCCGCGCUGCUCGCACUGCAGUGUGUGCGAUCGCUGCGUGGAGGACUUUGACCACCACUGUCCUUGGGUCAACAACUGCAUCGGGAGGAGGAACUACCGCUACUUCUUCUUCUUCCUGCUGUCCCUCACCGGUCACAUGGUCUGCGUCUUCAGCUUGGGCCUCCUCUACGUCCUGCAUCACGCGGACGACCUGUGGAAGCUGCACUGCGCCGUCACUUUGGCGGUGGUCAGUAUCUCGGGGCUCUUUCUCCUCCCCGUCCUCGGCCUGGCGGGAUUCCACCUUUUCCUCGUGUCCAGGGGCCGCACCACCAAUGAACAAGUAACUGGGAAGUUUCAGGGUGGCGUGAACCCGUUUACACGCGGUUGUUGCAACAAUCUGGAGUAUUUGAUCUGCAGUCCCUUCUCGCCGAGGUACACAGCCAGACCUCGCAGGAAGUCAGUGAUCCACAUCCAGCCGCCCUUCCUGAGACCUGAGAUUGACAGGCAGGCGUCAGUCAAAGUCACGGACAACGGCAAUCACAGCCAGGACCUUCAAAACCGACGUUCCUCUGCUGGAGCCGUGGAGCUGUCGGACGUGAAACAGCAGAAAAGUCCGCCUCCGCUGCCACCGAAACCUGAACACGGGCUGCUGAAAAGCCACCUGGUAUCCAUGGAAGAGAUGGGACAUCACACCAAGUCCAUCAUCCCUGUGUCCAUCCCCACCGUCCCACAGCUGCGUCCUGUCCUGGAGGCCAUAUCCAGAGGAUCAUCACCCAUUCCUCCAGAGCAGCUGCUGAAGGCCUCAGAGCAGCAAGUGGGCAACAAAAGUCCGGAGCGGAACGGAAGCCCCCUGAGAGGAGUCCUGCCCCUCCUGAAGGCCACCAGCACCAUCUCAGGCUCGGUGCAGUUCAGCUCCAUGACCCUCAACUCACGCUCGCUCAAACACGGCGGCCGUCACCCCGGCUGCAAGUCCCAGCUGCCCGCCCUCCACACGGACGGCCCCGCCUCCUCCGGCGUGCUGGCCAACCACAGCAGUUACGACAACCUGACAGACCCCCAGUGCGGGGCCCAGAGGUCCCACCCCGCAGUCAGCUUCUUCAUGAGCUUGGGUCCCGACGGCGGCGUGGUGCAGAGACCCCCCCCUCUGGCCUACACGCCCCAGGUCUACAGCCCCGUCUUCGUGGGGGUCGCCCGACACUCGCCUCAGCCCAGAGACACCUCCCCUUCCCUGCAGGGUCUCGCCUCCAGGGACCCGUCGCCGUCCUUCCCGGUCGGCUACAUCCAAAGAGAGCCUCCCUUCGCGGGGUCGGCUCUGGCAAUGCGAGACAUGAAGACCCACAGCCUGAGCUCCACGCCCCAGAAGUCCACCGCCUCACUUUACGACUCCCUCUCCAAAAGCCUCAUCUCCUCCAUCCACGAGCGGCGGGAGAUGGAGGACCGGGAGCGGAUGCUGCGCCUGCACGCCAGGUCCCAGGCCCUCUUCGGCCCCGACGCGUCCGUCUACGACAUCCCCUGCAGGAGGAGCCUCCCGCCGGACAGCGCCCGGCCCCAGGGCGCCCGGGGGCCCACCCCUCCCGCUUACGGCUCCAGGGAGUUCCUCAUGAGCACGGGGGUCCUGGGUUACGGCCUGAGGACGUCGCCUCUCUCCAGCUCGUCCACGUCGUCUCUGAGCCGCGGCCCAAAUAGAACGCAGAGCGGCGGCGGCAGCAGCUGCAGCCUCCAGGGUAAGGCGCCCUCGUCCUCGCCGGGCUACGGUCCUCCUGAACGACAACCGUCAACGUGCACGCUGGCUCGUUUACCUUCUUCCAGCACCUCCGGCGCCGCCCCUCCAUACGCUUCCUACGGCACUGCCAAGAGACCCUCCCUCGCUGAGGGGAAGGACGAGGUCAGCCUGGGAGCCUUGAAGUGACACUCAACCAAUCAUCUUGCACAGGACUGAAAUAUAUCACAAUAUCUCACUUUCACAGUUUUUUGUUUUUUAAAAACCUGUUUUGUUAUUGCUUUUGUGAAACAGCACCACUGUGGUCUCCUAAUGAAAUGUAUUUACUAGUAUUGUGUUUAUAUAUGAA